AUCGCGCACACACACACCAUACAGACAUCCGACAGAACAGAACAGCGGUACUUCGGUACUUGACAGCAUCAAAACUGGGUCUGUGUCUGUCAUUGAGAGUGUUUUGGUUUAGUUGGCCGACUUCUGUCAAAUAGUGCUGCUUUUAGUUUUUACAGCUUUUAGUUACAUUCUUCGUUCAUCCAAUUUAACUUCAUGUAACUGUCGUUAUACAGGUACUCCAGGACAGCAUUAUGGCCUCCAAGUGUCUGUGUCUAGCUCUGCUAGUGGUGGUUGCCCAGGCAGAGAUCUACACAGCUCUUGUGGACAUGGAAGAGUUGCUGGAGUCUGAGGCUGCACUCCUGCGGACUCUGGAGGAUUACAUUUCAGCUCAGGAGGUUAAACUCCAACUCAUCAAAAAGAAGUAUUUAGAAUUCACCCACGAACAUGAAGAGGCCAGCAGAGACGCCACACACUACCUAUCCAAUCCUCUCAACGUGUUUCUGUUGGUCAAAAGACUUACCAACGACUGGAAAGAUGUGGAAACGACUAUAAAGAAUGAUAUUGGCCAAGAGGCCAUCCAGAACAUGACAACGCUGCGAGAGACGCUCAAGUUCCCGACGGAUGAGGACUUGACGGGUGCAGCUGUAGCACUCAUGAGGCUCCAAGAUACUUACAAGCUGGAGACUUCCUCCCUAGCCCGAGGGGAGCUCAAUGGUGUCCAGUACAGCACUCAGCUCACAGCGGCCGAUUGCUUUGAGCUAGGUAGGCAGUCGUACAACUAUCAGGACUUCUACCACACCGUCCUGUGGAUGACCGAGGCACUGAGUAGGCAGGAGCAGGAGCGUAAUCGCACCAAGGUGGAGCGCUGGGAGAUACUGGAGUAUCUGGCAUACUCCACCUACAUGCAAGGCAAUGUCAGGAGUGCUCUGCAGAUGACGGAUGAACUGCUGACCAUUGUGCCUAGCCAUCAGAGAGCUCUGGGCAACAAGAAGUUCUACCAGGCUGCCAUAGAGCAGGAUGCCACUCCUCUCAAGAUUGACCUGAACAAGAAGGUGGGUGACAGACCAAUGGGCGAGUUACCAGAACGUGAAAUCUACGAGAUGUUGUGUCGAGAUGCCAUCAGACCUUCGCCCAGCAUCACAGCCAAGCUCAAGUGUCGAUAUGUCCACAAUAACAGGCCCUUCCUCAGAAUUGCCCCGCUGAAGGAAGAAGAAGCUUUCCUGGAUCCAAGAAUUGUUCUAUACAGAGAAGCUCUGUAUGACUCAGAAAUGGAAAUUUUCAAGAAAAUGGCACAACCAAGGCUGAGGAGGGCAACAGUGCAGAACUACAAGACGGGAGACCUGGAAGUGGCGCACUACCGCAUCAGCAAGUCCGCUUGGCUCAAGGAGGAAGAGCACGAGGCGGUGGCACGCGUGUCACGACGUAUCGAGGACAUGACAGGUCUCACCACGUCCACCGCUGAGGAGCUACAGGUCGUCAACUAUGGAAUCGGUGGCCACUAUGAACCUCACUACGACUUUGCUCGGAGAGAAGAGAAGAAUGCCUUCAAGAGCCUCGGGACAGGCAACAGAAUCGCAACAGUCCUCAACUAUGUAAGUUUCACUAGAUUAGGGGGAGCCACUGUGUUUCCGGAGCUGAGGUUAUCCUUGUGGCCAGAGAAGGGGACGGCAGCAUUCUGGAUGAAUCUGUAUCCCCACGGAGAAGGAGAUCUCCGAACCAGACAUGCUGCCUGCCCUGUCUUGGCCGGUAGCAAAUGGGUGUCCAAUAAAUGGCUACAUGAGCGAGGGCAGGAGUUCUUGAGGCCUUGUCAGUUGCAGCUCGACCCACCGCAUCAGCCCAGAUGACACUAGCAAGUCUAAAGCCUCUUUUGCUGAUGAGUUCUUGAAGUAGCUUAGUAGAAGCUUAACUAAGGUUCUAUGUUUUUUACUUACGAGCAUACAACACCGUGACAAAGUAAUGUUAGACUGAACUUUAAUAGUUUUAAAAAUAAAAGCAAGGUUGUCGGCUAUAAAGAUGGCCCAACGGUCAUUCAUACUGAAUUGGUUUGUUAUGACCUACACAAAAACAUGAAUGGAACAGGGGUAAAGACAGGGAAAGACAUAAUAAAAUGUAUUUAUUUAUUGCUAUAGUACAUUUAGCAAGUUAUUGAAAUUGGAUAAUAUCCUAAUAUCCAACCAUGUUGGGAUUUGUAGUAUUUUGUUAAUGUUAUAUAGAAUGUUAUUUUUUUAGCGACAGAACAGCCAUUAAAAAUAUGCACAAUCUGCAAUUAUUAAAUAGCUAUUAAAAAAAAAAAAACAAGUUCUCAUACAACAUCUUGAAUUUAAUUAGAUGUGUAUAUAAUUUAUUUGUAAAACUAAUGUUGGAUAAUAUUUUUGAAAUGCUUAAUGAUAAUAAAUAUUAGUAACAAAUAUUUUUAACGUUCGAUUCGUCCAGCUUAAAAAUAAAUGUACCCAAAUAAUCAAUUGUAUGUUAUAUAAAUGGUAAAAGACAAAAAGCAAUAAAAGGAUGAUAUUUUGAGAUAAUCUAAUUAGAGUAUGAAUAAAACUGGAAAAUAAUGAUUUUUUUUUCUUAUAGAAGCAACCCGUCGUAGCCACAAUAGGAAAAUUUUAUCCAUUUUUGUCAUUGCCUUUGUUGCUAAGAAUAUGUUUUAGAAUUUCAAGCGUAAGAAGUUAAUUUCUUGUUUAGUAAACAAGAUCCUUUAAAUUUAUUAAAGAAGGAACAUUUUGUUAUCAUAAUUAAAAUUCCCAAAAUGUUUAUUAGAUUUUAUAAUUUUAAAUCAAAUUAUGACUUAAUUU